AUGACCACUGCAGAGGAGUUCAAAGAGAUUGGCAACGACCACUUCAAACGACAAGAGUUUGACUUGGCCAUCGCAGCCUACAACAAAGCCAUCGAGUUGAACCCACAGGACUGUGCGUUUUGGCUCAACCGUUCCAAUGCAUACCGGCAGCAAUCCUGCUGGGAACUCGCAGAAGAAGAUACCCAAGAAGCCUUGCGGCUCUCACCAGGAAAUGCCAAGGCGCUCUACGGCUCGGCCAUGUGUCUCCGCAAGUUGGAACAGCUCCCUGCGGCUUUGAAACGCUGCGAGGAGGGGAUUCAACUCCACCCGGAGAACAAGGCCUUCCGCCAGCUGCACCGGGAGGUACUUUCUGCCCUGGUUCGACAACAGGCGAGAGAGCCCCCUACCACUGCUUCAUCGAGGUCCAGUUCCGUAGAUUCAGACGAGUCUCAGCACAAGCAUCCGGUACGCCCAGUACGAGAGGAUGAGAUUCCUUCCCAGGAACUGGGCCAUUGGGCCAUGAAGGGUGACGCAGAGAAUGUGAUGCGAUUACUGCAGGGCGGAGCAGAUGUGAAUUGGAAGCGGCCCAAAGAUGGCAACAGCGCCCUGCAUCUGUCGGCAGAAAUGGGACACAUAGAGGUUGUGCAGCUGCUUUUGGCCUCGAGGGCGGACCCCGAAAUCCACAACGACUUCGCUCUGUCGCCCUUUGCUUUGGCGCAGCAUGACAGCUCAGUGGAAACGCUGCUUGCACAGGUGACCAAGCCUCUGGGGGAACGUCGCUAUGCCAUGCAACUUUGA